ACAAUAAUCAAUAUGUUUCAGAAAGAAUGAUGUUUUUUCCGUGAAGAAUUAGCUGAUAAGAAGUUUGAGUGAUAAAUGACCUGACGAGUAAUUAUGAUUAAUGAAUAAAUGAAUAGUUGGAGGGAUUUCAGUUCUUAUCAGUGAACAGCAGCAGAAUAGUGUUUCAUUUAAUUCUCUAGUUGUGUUCUUUAUAUAUAUAUAGAGAUUUGUUUUAUCUUAAAGCCUGCACUUGAUCGAGGUAUUCGGUUCAGAAGCUUAGAGCUUAAAUCUUGGAUCUUGGAGCCUGAAUAUUUUGAAUCUUGGAGCUUAAAUCUUGGAGCCUGAAUAUUUCUCCUGCUCCAGUAUGACUCCUGGACUGCUCGAGGGUUGUGCUCAAUGUGUUCUCCAACCCUUAUCUCAGGAGGAAAUCGAACUACAAAGACGAAGUCAAAAGAUUGACAGAGAAAUCAGGAAGGAGGAAAGAUUAAAAAGAAAACAGGUUAAACUUCUGCUGUUGGGAGCUGGGGAGUCUGGGAAAAGUACGUUUUUAAAACAGAUGAGAAUAAUACAUAAUGUUAACUAUGACGUGACUGCCCAGAUUGAGUUUAGGAAGAUUAUCUAUCAAAAUAUUAUUAAGGGUACUAAAGUACUAGUCGAUGCACAAAGGAAGUUAGGAAUACCUCUCUCCAAUCCGGAGAAUCAUGCGUUGGGAAGCCAGCUACUUCUAUUUGACAACUUUGCAGAGUUGAACAACAAAACUUUUCCAGAAUUUGAGAGUAUGAUUUCCUCUUUAUGGUCGGAUGAGGGUAUAAAGAGAGCUUACAAUAGAAGAAACGAAUACCAGAUUACAGAUAGUGUUUCAUAUUUUCUGGAAAAUCUGGUGAGAAUAUCUAAACCAGAAUACGUGCCAACCCUGCAGGAUAUUCUUUUCGCUAGGAAGACGACCAAAGGAGUUGUAGAAUUCACAAUUUCAAUAGACAAUGUACCAUUCCUUUUUGUCGAUGUCGGAGGACAAAGAACGCAACGGCAAAAAUGGAUGCAAUGUUUUGAUUCAGUUACCUCCAUUCUGUUCCUGGCUUCUAGUUCAGAAUUCGACCAGGUUAUUCUUGAAGAUCGUCGGACCAACCGUUUAAUGGAGUCUAGAAAUAUAUUUGAUACUAUUGUAAACAAUAGAAUAUUCAAUAAUGUUUCAGUCAUCCUUUUCCUCAACAAACUAGAUCUUUUAAAACAGAAGAUUUCGCAGUCGAAUAUAUCUAGACAUAUUCCAGAGUUUAAGGACCUGAAAGCUGUAGAGGUUUACAGCCCUGGGUUCCGGGGUAUUCCUGAUAAUCUAGAAGAUGUGAAGAAGUUUCUAGUGUACUACUUCAUCUCAGCUAGGAGGAUGUCAGAGAAGCCAUUGUACCAUCACUUUACAGUUGCUGUCGACACUAACAAUGUUAAAUUGGUCUUCAGAGACGUCAAAGACAUCAUUCUUAAGAAGAAUCUAGACUCUCUUCUUCUUCAAUAGUGUUUAUUGACAGCAAAGACGUCAUCAAGACUCUUCUUCCCCAUAAGUGGCCAACUACGUCAAGGACAUCAUUCUGAACAAGUUUCAAUGACAUAAUUUUUUAGAAACCCUUGGCUUCUUUGGUUUUUGAAAAUAUAGACGUCAGAGGCAUCAUUCUAUAAAUUUAGAAUUGUAUGGAGACGCCAACAUUAAAUAUUCUAAUAAGAUAUCAUAAAGAUAAUAGCUGUCAUUGAAGUUAUCUAAGCUAUUAAUGAAUCACGACCUAUCCAACCAGAUUUACAGAUUGAACAAUUUUGUUGAGAAGUCAAAAUUUGGCAUUUUCGUCCGAUUCAAAAGUUGGAAACAUAAAAGUGAUAAAAAGCUGAAAGAAAGUGAUUAAAAGUGAUACAUAUAAAACAUGUAAUUUUUAAUUUUUCAUAAUGUAUAUUCAGACAGUUUUAUCUUGUUUAUGCAGAAUAGAUAUUGGAUAAUAUACCUCGAAUAUAAAAAUAAAUAAACUGAAGUAUAUUGUUUACAAGAGCAGCUCUUCUUACUACAGAGCUCAGUAUUCAGGAUCUAUCAAUAGAAAUUAGAAAUUGGGGAAAUUACCAGACCAAUAUAUAUGAUGUGUAUAAUUUUACAAACUUAAACAGUAAGAACAUAAAAACAGCGGAAUCACCGGCAUUUUUCAUAACUAUUUUAUCAACUGUUUAUUUUAACUAUUUUUUAAUUUCAUGGCAUUAUUUUAAAAAUGUAGAUGGGAUUUGAACAGUGUAAAUUCAUUGAAUAAUAAAAUUUUUAAAUUAUA